CUGAUUUUUUUUCUUUUUUUUCAGUUUUAACCGUCGAAUCAAAAAUAUCUCAGAUACUUUACCAGCGACGUGAAAGUACGCAAAUAAAUGUUCUAGUUUUUCGACUUUCUCACUGAUACCAGGGUUUACGUACGAUGAACGACAAAGUGAAACUACAUUACCCAUAAUCCAGUCUGAUACAACAAACACGGGGUCAAAGGGCGCUUGAAAAGUCGCAGCCGUUUUCUUUGAAGGUUUGUCUACUAAAAAGAUCUGAGCAUGGCUUCCGGUGGAUCAGGAGUUCCCCCAGAUGUUGCCAGUGAGACCCACAUGACACCCACCAGUCCGACUGACACGUCGGGUCCACAGUCAGGUAAAGACACCCUAAAAGCCAAAGGAGAGUCAGCAGAACAUUACGAGGAUGGAGCCAAAGUCUGCCAGUUUUUCCGGAUCGGAAAAUGUCGUUUUGGCCUCAGAUGCCGUUUAGCUCACAGUCACCCAUCACUGGAUGAUUCAGGAGCUCUGUGUUCUGAUGUAGAUGAUAAACAGGAUGGAAAAAAGACUGAAAAACACAAGAACAACAAGGGCAGUGUUAACAAAGUGCCAAAGCCGAAAUGGGACGAGGGAAGAGAGGUGAACAAAAAGCCUCGUAUGCGCACAGCAGAUGACGUGAUUUCCCGAAUCCUGUGGGACCCGUCGGUGGAUGCAUCAGAAUUUGUAGUGGGCUAUGUGGAUCGCUUCCUUGGCGUGCUGGAGCGCCCCUUCUGUGACUUCAACUGGGAGACCAACCCCUGUGACUGUGACUACACUGCUGAACUGGCCCUGCCCAAACACAGGAUCCAGUACUUCACCUACAGAGGGCUUCGUGUCUGGGACCGUCACACCAGGACUGACCGAGUUUUUGGUUCCACAGGUCAAUCUCUGGCUCCCCCCUUUGGAGGGGAAGAGGUAGUAAAAGAAGAAAACACAGAAGUGCUUGAAACCACAGCAGAGCAGCCACCUGCAGUCAGUGGGCAGGAAGAGGGGUGUGCUCGCACCGGGAACACACAUCUGGAGGAAGAGAAGCAGAAUCAGAUGAAUAUUCACACCCCUGAGUCUGCACCACCAGCUCCAGAGUGUAAAGGAAACACUUCUCAGGAGCAACAGGAGUCACAAGGAUCAUGCGUUGUGGAGGAGGCUGCUGAUAGACAUCAGGUUUCAGCAGAUCAGAGUUCUUCAACCCAAGAAAAAGAGGAACUGGGUGUAAAAGAAGAGGGUGAGGGGGAGACUUUGGCAGAAAGGGAGGAAAGCUGGGAAGGCAAUGAAGACUCUGUGAGUUAUCUUGCAGCCGUACAAGUCCGCAAGAAUCCAUCUGCACCUCUGGAGCAGAGAAAAGAGAAAAACGGUGGUCGCCCCCCUAAGAAGAAACCCACGCACUUCAUCACCUUCCGAGCCAACACUCCUGCCAUCCUCUCCUGUUUCCAGCAGCUGCAGAAUGAGCUCACCUCCCUCCUGCCUUCCUCUGCUCCUCACUGGCAGACUGCCUCCAGCCUUCACGUCACCCUGUGCCUUCUGGUGCUGCAUAGCCCCGCUGAGGUGGCGGCUGCUGGUGAGAUCCUCCGACGGUUUGCCCAAUUGGACCGAAACCCACCUGUGGCUGUGACCUUUCCCGUGAAGCUGAAACAUUUCCACGGGAAGGUGCUGUACCUGAGUCCCCAGCCUCAGCUCCAACUCCAGCAGCUCAACAGCGGCCUUCAGGAGGCUUACAGGAAAGAGGGAUGGCUCCACAGGGACUCCUACAUCCCACGCUACCACCUCACUCUGGCCAAAUUAAGCGGCAGCGAGGAAGAGAGGAUAUUUGAAGGUGUGGGGGACCUGAGGGUGGGGAAAGGUUUGAAUUUUGGUCGUCUGCCAAUUAACACCUUGCACCUUUGUGCUAUAGGCAGAGAUAAAGUAGAUGGUUUUUAUGAGAGGGUGUGCACAGUAACACUUCGAUGAUAACGAAGUCUGACGCGCAGAUGUGCACUGUAUGCUAAUAUUUUCCAUAUUUCUGGGUGCAAUAGGCCAUGUGGCCUCAUCUACCAAAGCUGAAGCCUCUGAACUUUAUAAGAAGUUAUGUUUUUUUUUUUUCCAGAUAAGAUGCACAAGAUAUUUUUAAACAAGGCCUUAAAAGUUAUAAAAUUUAACUUGCUUAACUUUAUUUGAUACAGUGACCUCAUUUAAAUUUAAAAUAUGAUCACAAUUAUAUUUAUUUUCCCUAUUUAAUGCAUUUUAAUUUAUUAAGGCAUUAAAUCUCAUGAUUCAUAUUUCAAGAUAAGGACAGAAUCACAUGUAAUGAAGCGAUUGAUUGUAAAAACUAAUACAAAAGAUCCAGACCCAUCUGAAAACGCUGAGAGUAAUGAACAGAUCAGGAAAAGUUCUACAACACUAACUUGACUUCAUCUUGUUUAAUAAAAAAUAUCUUAUCUUUACAGUACUUUAAAAACUUCAUCAUCUAGUUACUCCCCAGGAAUUAAAAACACACACAAAAAAAAAACAAGGAAAAAAAACAUGAAACUGUGUUUUUCAUGGGGGAAAAAGCUCAUAAAUAAAUGCUGUUAAA